CUGGGCCGGAGGGGCGGGGCGAGAAGGCUCCGCGCCGGUAAAGGGGCCGCUCGAAGCGCGGUCCGAGCCAUCUACUGCCGCCAGCCUGCAGGCCCUCCAGGCUAGCCGCACGCCCCUUCCCCGCCCGUCGCCGUCACCAGGGAAACGGGUCAAGACCGCCCGCCAACCCAAAGCUGGUUUCAUGGCAUCCGCGAAGAAAGCAGUGUUGGGGCCCUUGGUGGGAGCAGUGGACCAGGGCACCAGCUCGACGCGCUUUCUGGUUUUCAAUUCAAAAACAGCCGAACUACUUAGUCAUCAUCAAGUGGAAAUAAAACAAGAGUUUCCAAGAGAAGGGUGGGUGGAGCAGGACCCUAAGGAAAUUCUGCAGUCUGUCUAUGAGUGUAUAGAGAAAACGUGUGAGAAACUCGGGCAGCUCAAUAUUGAUAUUUCCAACAUAAAAGCUAUUGGUGUCAGUAACCAGAGGGAAACCACUGUAGUCUGGGACAAGUUAACUGGAGAACCUCUCUACAACGCUGUGGCUGCUCCAGUUUCUCCUGGUCCUUCAGAUCCAGCUGCCGUUGUUCCCUCUGGCUCUUCAGUUCCAGCUGCUGGCGCUUCCUCAGUGUGGCUUGAUCUAAGAACCCAGUCUACUGUUGAGAGUCUUAGUAAAAGAAUCCCAGGAAAUAAUAACUUUGUCAAGUCCAAGACAGGCCUUCCACUUAGCACUUAUUUCAGUGCGGUGAAGCUUCGUUGGCUCCUUGACAAUGUGAGAAAAGUUCAAAAGGCCGUUGAAGAAGAUAGAGCUCUUUUUGGGACCAUUGAUUCAUGGCUUAUUUGGAGCUUGACAGGAGGAGCCAGUGGAGGGGUCCAUUGUACAGAUGUAACAAAUGCAAGCAGGACAAUGCUUUUCAACAUCCAUUCUUUGGAAUGGGAUAAAGAGCUCUGCGAAUUUUUUGAAAUUCCAAUGAAAAUUCUUCCAAAUGUCCGGAGUUCUUCAGAGAUCUAUGGCCUAAUGAAAAUCUCUCAUAGCCCGAAAGCUGGGGCCUUGGAAGGUGUGCCAAUAUCUGGGUGUUUGGGAGACCAGUCUGCUGCGUUGGUAGGACAAAUGUGCUUCCAAGAUGGACAAGCCAAAAACACGUAUGGAACAGGCUGCUUCUUACUAUGUAAUACAGGCCGUAAGUGUGUAUUUUCUGAACAUGGCCUUCUGACCACAGUGGCUUACAAACUCGGCAGAGAUAAACCCGUAUAUUAUGCAUUAGAAGGUUCAGUAGCUAUAGCUGGUGCUGUUAUUCGCUGGCUUAGAGACAAUCUUGGAAUUAUAAAAAGCUCCGAGGAAAUUGAAAAACUUGCUAAAGAAGUAGGUACUUCUUAUGGCUGCUAUUUCGUCCCAGCAUUUUCGGGGCUGUAUGCACCUUAUUGGGAGCCCAGUGCAAGAGGGAUCAUCUGUGGGCUCACUCAGUUCACCAAUAAAUGCCAUAUUGCUUUUGCUGCAUUAGAAGCUGUUUGUUUCCAAACUCGAGAGAUUUUGGACGCCAUGAACCGUGACUGUGGAAUUCCACUCAGCCAUUUGCAGGUAGACGGUGGAAUGACCAACAACAAAAUCCUUAUGCAGUUACAAGCAGACAUUCUGUAUAUUCCAGUAGUGAAACCAUCCAUGCCUGAAACAACUGCUCUGGGAGCUGCCAUGGCUGCGGGGGCUGCAGAAGGGGUUGGCGUCUGGAGUCUGGAGCCUGAGGACUUGUCGGCUGUCACAAUGGAGCGAUUUGAACCUCAAAUCAACGCUGAGGAAAGUGAAAUUCGUUAUUCUACAUGGAAGAAAGCUGUGAUGAAGUCAAUGGGUUGGGUUACAACUCAGUCUUCAGAAAGUGGUGACCCUAGUAUCUUCUGUAGUCUGCCCUUGGGCUUUUUUAUAGUGAGUAGCGUGGUAAUGUUAAUCGGAGCAAGGUACCUCUCAGGUAUGCCGUAAAUACUACCAACUCAUGGAUUCCAAAGAUGCGAGCUCUUUACCUAUGGAGAGAAUCCAGUGAUUCUGUCUCUUAAUGUGAUGACACUAUUCAUAAACUGGUUUUAUUUAUAAGCCACUUGCUGCAUGAUCCUCCAAGUAGACCUGUGGCUUGAAAUAAAGAAAAUGCAGCAGAAAGAAUGCUAUAGAAACAUUGGGUGUUUUUUUUAACAGCACUAGUUAAGAUUGGACCAGCCACCUUUGGGGCUGACCCCCUCCUUUGCAAUCAUUUCCUGCCUCAUUCCCUGUAAGAUCUAGGAAGAAUUCAGAUCCUGUCCAUUGGAAUUUUUUAUCACAUAUAUUCAGACUCUGAUGGGCCAGGAUUUGAUUCCUGCACUACACACACUUCAUUAAGGGGCUAUUACUAACCGGCUAAAAAUCUGUGAUUUUUUGUUUGCUUCUUUUUAACAGACUCCCCUACCCAAAGUCCUCUUUUCUGCUUAUUAGGGAGACCACAACAUCUUCACUAAAUGUUUAAAUGGAAGCCUUUACUAAAUUCUUAAAAUAGAAAUUUAGUACUCUCAUUCCUUAGGCAUUUUUCUAAAAAAUAUUUGCCAAAACUGAAAAUUCUUCAUGUAUUUUACAUGGUCUCACUAAUUAUACUGAAUUGCUGCUAUCUGGAUCUUAUAGGGAAGGACACUUUCCUUUCUUUUUUCGUUCAUCUCUCUUUUUUAUAUUUUUUACAUUGUGUAUAACAUACAUGCCUCUAUAUUUUGUAUAAUAAGGGUAGCCCAUUUAUAAAUUAAGAGUACAUGUUCUCACUAAUUACACUGAAUUUCUGUCAGGAUCUUAUAGGGAAGAACACUUCCUUUUCUUUUCAUCUCUCCUUUUUAUAUUUCUUACUUUGUAUGUGUAACAUACAUGCGUUUAUAUUUUAUAUACUGAGGGUAGCCCAUUUAUAAAUUAAGAACACAUUGUAUUCAGUGGAUUCUAAUGGGGCUGGUCUUAAGUGGACCACUAUGUGUAUAAAUAUUUUGGGGAAAACAGCUGUGUACAUUUUUGGGCAACGGUUAUACAUAUUAUUUACCAGGAGAAGCUUUCUUGAAGAGCCAACAUUUAAAAUUUAAGUAUAUGUUCUAUGUGAAUAAAAGAAAAUGUACUUUAUUGUGACUAUAAUUUCUUAUACCAUACUUUUAUAUGCUAAAAAAAACCUGUGGAAUAGUAUAGCAAAUAUUGUUUUCAAAUACAAGCACUGAGUCCAUAUAAAGUUUGCUUUUCCUUUGACAUAUAUUUAGAUCUAUUUAGGAUCCUUUUGAGGGGAUAUCAAAAAAGUUUACAAACUUAAGUAGAAAAAAAAAGCCAAGAAUCUCUUUCCAUCUAAGUGUGUUAUAAAUUGCUGAUAAGCAAUUAAAAUUUCUGUUUGAGAUGACAAGUAGUUAUCUCUGCUUAUGGACAUAUUAUUAAUACAAGAGAAAAAUGGUUUAAUUGAUAGAAAAAGCUUCCAGUAAACCCAAGAAUUUCCUUCUCGCUGCACCCACAACCAAGAAAUUCUCAAAAAAUUUAAUGUGAGGCAUUAUAACAAUUUACCUAAUCUAGCUUCUCAAUGUCAAUUUUAAAAUAAUCUUAAGAUUAAUUUUUUUACUACAAACAAGAAAAUACUGCCUCCUAGUUAUUUUCUUCAGUGAUGAAAAUGGAAAAAUAUUUAUAUAUUAAUAUAUUUAUAUAUAUUAAUAUAAAAGGUUUUGUUUUGUUUGGAAUGAAUGGUAGUUUGCAUUUUCAGUUCUGAUUAUGCUGUUUGUAAAUUAUUGAAUCUGCUGGGUUUUAUUGGUGCAGCUGCCACUUGAGUGACAUAAAUGUUACAGAAAGGUACUAUGAAAUUAUUACUUUGUGGCAAGGACACUUUUAAACAUUGUUUGUUUCUACAAAGGUAGUUUGAGUUAAUGUAAAUAACUGUGAAAAUCAUUGUUCUGAUAAUUUUAAGAUUAAUUAAUUUUCUAUAAAUUGUGAUAUUUAUAAAUGUUUGAAAUGAUACACGUUGAUAUUUAAUGAUAAAUUUACUUAAAAUAAAUUGACCCUCAUUCUUA